CAUAAAGCAAUUUCUAGUAUUGAUUCCUUAUCGAUAAUUCAAUUGCAAUGUGAAUUUGUCUUAUCAUAGUUUUACGAUUCUAUACGAGUUUUCGCUAAUUGACAUCACUAGUUACACUUUUUGACAGUGACAAUUUAUUGACAAUAUUGACAUGUAUUUGUUUUGAUUGCUCAUGAUUGGUCGACGAUUUCACUAAAUUUGGGCAAAAAAUUAGUUUUGAAUUAAAAUGUAUAAGAUAAAAGCAACAAAUGAAUGGUUUAUUGAUGCGCCAUGGGGUAAAAUAGCUUUGAUAUCAUGGGGCGAUCCCUCUGGCACUCCGGUUCUCCUGGUCCACGGACGUCAAGACAGCGCUGCCACCUUCAUCCCUCUGCUAGAACAUCUGCCGGACUCAUACUAUUACGUUGGCGUGGACCUACCAGGGCAUGGGCAGUCAGAUCCACUUCCUAUAGGUCCAAUGUUAACAAGGCUCCACUUUCUUGUUGCGGUUGAGUACGCGUUGAGACAUCUCAACUGGGACCAGUUUGUGUUUAUUGGACACUCCAUGGGUUGCGAACAGGGUUUAUUCUGCAACAGAAUAUAUCCCGGAAAGAUCACAAAAUUCAUCUUUCUUGAUCCGUUGCCGUCUCUGCAAAGACUUCAAAUUCACAACUAUGAGGAGUACUACAGAUCUUUUUAUAAGGAAUACUAUAGUAAAUACAAAAGAUACAACCAUGAUGACCGAGUGUACAGUAAGAGGAAGGUUCUGGAAGCAGUGAUGAGGAAUAGAGGGUUAAAUGAAAAUCAAGCGGAGUUGGUUCUGUCCAGAAAUCUUCAUUGUAUCGGAGAAGAUUUGUAUAAAUUGGCCUGGGACAAGCGGUUAAAAUUUCCAGCACCCCAAAAUUACCCUGUCGAUUAUUACAUAGACCUUUUUUCAAAAUUCCUUCCCCCCACCCUCAUAAUUUCAGCUUCAAACAGCCUGCACCUAGAUCUUAGGGAACGGAAUGAAAAAGCAUUGCUUAUAGUUAGGGAAUUACAAAAAAAUACGGAUUAUUUCUUCGUAGAAACAGUGACUGGAGGCCAUGACGUUCAUUUGACUGAUUCUGAGUCGGUGGCUAGAUGUGUUUUAGGUUUUUUGAGUAAAACAAUGAAGAAGGCUAAACUUUGAUUGACUAUAAAUACAUAUUUGUAAAAAAAUAUUACUAUUUAUGUUAUCUUCUUUCAAAAAUGUAAUGAUUCAAAAAAAAAAUUGUGUCCGUUUAAAUGAAAAUUAAAUAAUAAUUUUGUAGCAUCCUAGUUCCUACGAAUUUGAUUAAAUACUCUUUAAAAUGUUAUUUUAUAGGCAUUUUAAAUUGUUACUCUCUGAAAUUAUAAUGACAAUGUACUUACCUGCUUAAUGAAUUGUAAAGACUGAUUUAAAAAUAAGUGAAUAACAUAAAAAUAUCUUACCUACUAACUACUGACUGACCUAUCUGAUAUCAUAUUAUUGUACUAUACUUUAGGUGUAUAAAGAUUUUAAAGGUUUACGAUUUUUAUAUUAUUUAGAAUUCAAAAUUUUGAAAAAAAUUAAAAAUAUUUAUUUUAUGGUGAUUGUGAUAUUUUAUUUUAAUUGGCAUAUUGAAUGUUAUCAAAAUGUUAUGUAUACUGAAAUAAAUUCUAUUUACAAUUUAUGUUUCAUUUUAAAUAACUUUAUGUAAAAAAUAUUGUUUUUAAAUCUUCAUAAACUACUUUUCUGUAGAAAUGCGUCAAAAAUCUAUGAAAAUUUAGUUCUUGAAAGUAUCCGCUAGAGACGCUGUACAAUUUGUUAUAC